AUGAACCUCAAACAUCUCCUCCUCCUCGCCACCCCAAUCUCUCUAACCCUCGCCAACCCCAAUCCCAACCCGGUCGGGCCCCGAAGCCCCCAAUCCACAGGCCUACUAUCGGACCUCCCGUCCCUCAUUGACAACCUCAAGGAACUCCUCAGCCAAGACACAGUCGACAACCUGGAGACGAUCGUCAAGGGCGCGGCAGUGCUACUUGGGGGCGAUACGCCGCAGAACCUGCAAAAGUUGUUGUCGAGUAGCAAUAUCGACAAGUUGCAGAAUAUUAUCGAUAAUGCGGAUUUGCUGUUGACGACGUCGUUUGUAAAUGAGACGAGUGAGUUGAUUGGGGAUGCGUUGCCGUUGGUGACUGAUGUAUCGGCGUUAUUGACGGCUAUUAUGAAGACUGCGUGA